CAAAUUGGCGGCUCCUCAUCGGCUCCCUGCAUCGGCGAUUAGUGGCUAUAUUUUCGUGAUUAAGUUUAUUAUUAUGGAAUUCUGUGUCUUAAUUGCUGCUUUAUAGUAAGAUAGUGCUAUUAUAAAAUCAUGGCGAACCAUUACGAGGUGCCCAGCUGGGCUGGCAAACCACCCACUGGCCUGCACUUGGACGUGUUGAAAGGCGACAAACUAAUACAGAAACUAAUGAUAGAUGAGAAGAAAUGUUACUUAUUUGGCCGGAACCCCCAGAUGAAUGACUUCUGUAUAGACCAUGCCAGUUGUUCUCGAGUGCACGCGGCGUUUGUGUAUCACAAAGAUUUAAACAGAGCAUUUUUAGUUGAUUUGGGAAGUACUCAUGGGACUUAUAUUGGUAAGAUGCGGUUGGAAGCCCACAAGCCUACACAGCUGCCCAUAGACUCCAAUUUCCAUUUUGGGGCUUCCACAAGAAACUAUAUUAUAAGAGAGCGGCCGAUGGGCAACGCUCGAGGCAUAAUGGAAGAACUCCCGAACACUGAGACAGAGGGUGCGCUGCUCGGGCUGCCCGAGACGCAGACCGAACUAGAUAAUUUAACGGAAUUCAACACGGCUCAUAACCGGCGGAUUUCCAUGCUGGGUAUCUCCACGGACGAUGGCAGUGACGUCAUGAAGCCACCAACGGGUACCAAACGCUCGGCAUCGACACCAGCCGGCGGCGUGCUAAAAAAACAGCGCCGGAACGUCUCCUUCAACGAGGAGGUAGACAUUAUCAACCCCGAGGACAUCGACCCCACCAUCGGCCGUUUCAGGAACCUGGUCAAGAGCACUAUAGUGCCUAAUGCCAAUAAUCCGCCGAGGAAGCUGAAGCUACAGAGCGCUGAUGAUAGCCAGCACCACCACUCGCUGCGCCUGCAGGAGAUCUCCCGCGGCGCGGCGCUGUACUCGGACCUGCCGGCGCCUAGCUCGCACCUCAGCCUCAUCGGCGCCAGACUGGGGCUGUCGCUGCCCAACCCGGCGCCCGACGUGGAGCUCGAAGGGCCGGAGCCGCACGCCGCGCCGCCGCCGCCGCACGCAGCCGCAGAAGAGUCGGGCCCGUCCAACGAGCCGAAACGGAAGAAGUACGCCAAGGAGGCCUGGCCCGGCCGCAAGCCCGGCCUGCUGCCCGCCGUGUGAGGCUGAGCCGUGCGAGCCGUGCGAGGCGUGCGAGCUGUGCGAGCCGUGCGAGCUGUGCGAGCUGUGCGGGCCGUGCGAGAAGAGGAUGCGUGCGGGG